UUAAGCCGAAUUAGAAAAGCCUGGGUUAACAAAGCGCGCUGGGAAAUAUCUUAAUUUCCUCGUUUCUCUCUCCUCCGUUUCCCUCGCCUGGAUAGUAAUUGAUAAGAUGAUUCGCAUCGUAGCUAACGGUUGCAUCGAUUAAGCUCAGGAUUACUGCGUCUCGCGCUCGAAGGUUACGAUUUGAUUAGUAAAUCUAGCAUUGAAACAUCUCGGAUCUCUGCGCGAGCCCGCUUCGACAUAAAAGGGUGACCAAUCGCACGCGGAUAACCGGAUCAGCAUCCAUGGAGGUUGACAGAGGAGAUUACCGCAUGAUGAAAAAGAAUGAGAGGGCUCAUUUUUUCAGCCCGAAGGAGCAGGAACUCAUUUUGAAGUUGUAUGAAGAAGAGAGAGAGAUACUGACCGCCAAAUCCAACACCACCAGCGCCUCCAGAAACAGAGAGGACGCAUGGCAGAGAAUUGCCGAUAAAAUAAAUGCGGCAUCGGACAGCGGCUACAAAAGGACAUGGCAGCAAGUGAAAGUCAAACAUAAAAACAUCGUUCAAACAGCAAAAAGAAGGAGGUUGGAGGUUAUGAGGAUUGGAGCAGGGUCAGCCACCCCGUCACUAAACUCAGCAGAGGAGGAUGUGCUGCUGCACAAAGACAACAGCAGGCUGAGGGUGGAGGUCCUCCCUUCUGGGGCCUGCAUCGAGCCGCUGUCUGAAUCAGAAGGCUCCCUCAUGAGUGGCCAACCAGUCCUCCUCCUUCCUAUAACAAAGACUGAACCAGAGAGCCUGAGCAGUGAUGAGACGGACGUCAGCGACACUCAGUUUGAAGGGGAAAUACACAACAGCGCCUUGCAGGGAAUACAUAAUAGCAACCUACUGGAAACGACCAACUCGGCGUGUGCAGCAAACGGCAGCAAAGGUGCAGAGAGGCAGAAAGACGACAUAAGGGCUCUUUACUGCAGCUACCUCAGAAAGGAGAUGGAGAACCGAGACCAACAGAUGGCGCACAGAGCACUAAAGAUGAAAAAGUUGGAGAAGGAAAUUUUACUACUUGAUAAACAGCUGAUGUGACUUUUCAAACUAUGUUUUUUAUCCUGCUGUUGGAAUAUGUUCAUUCUAUUUUAUUAUCACUCAACCUUUAUUUAUUCUCCAGAGAGGACUGAAAAAAACAAAUUAAACACUCAUAAGUGAUGAAAUACCCGAGGCAGAGAACCUCAGAACUGCCUCUGCAUUAACACUAAAUGUGAAUGUAUGGCUUUUAUUAUUUAAAUACUGAUGUAACUGAUGGGCAGCUUGCUGCUUUCUUUAGCAGCUCCUGCUCUGUGUGAAUGUUUGUGUGGACUGAAUGUAAAUCUUUUCCAUUUUUAGUACCUGUUAUGUAGAUGUAGGAGGCAGAGAAGAUGCAGGACCGUACAAGGCUUAAUGAAAUACCAGUAGACUUUUUCCAAACAGGAAAAACAUUUAAGAUAGGCAAAGAUUGUUAAAAUCUAAUUAAAUUAAAAGCCUUAAAACUUGCGUAUGUUCAGUUAUUCAGUAUUAAUCUGGUAAUGUACCCAAAUACCAAAAAGGAAUGAGGCAUUUGGUCACAGAAUUUGUCUUACAGACUUAAAAGUUGCCUUUACAACAGCCGACUGAUGUGUAAACCAGAAUAAGAACUGGAAUAGUUCGUAAUCUCUCCUGGAGACCCCUCUAAUGCUGUUAUUUGUAGCUGUAGACAUGCAAUAGUGCACUAACUCCCCAGUGCUAUUCUCAAGCUGUGAUGAUACUGGAAUCGUCCCGCACCAAUCAUUUCAGUCUCAUUGUCCUGGAAAAAGAUGCUCUGAGGCAGAAGAGAAGCCCACUGAGGAUGCAGGGCAGGAGGAUGCUACGUCACAUGAAUGAUGAAGAGCGCGGGGGGACAUUUGUCUGGGUUACUGUAUCUCACUGAUGUUUUUCAUUUAAAGGAAAGUUUCAUCCACAUCAGAUGUGGGGUGUGAAGCUUGUUACUCUUUUAUGUAUGUCCCCAACAUUAAAGU